AUGCAAAAUUAUUCACAAGAGCAGCUAGAGAAAGCACGGCAGUUUAUAGAUGAUUUGCGGUAUGAAAAUGGCGGCAUUACAAAAGAUGAUCGAGAAUUUCUCGAGCGAAAAAGACCUGGGGUCCUAAAAUCAUUUGAUAACAUCCGAAGAAAACUUGGUGCAUCGACUCAAAUUCUGGCCGAGCAGCUAUAUCAGAAGUCUAUCCGCUUUGUUUACGAGCUCAUUCAAAAUGAUGAAGACAACAAAUAUACAAUCACAACGCAAUCGCCUCACCUGUCUUUCACUCUGCAAUCAGACCGCAUCAUCAUAGACUCCAACGGAGAUGGCUUCACUCAAAAGGACAUUAAAGCCAUCUGUUCCAUCGGUGAGAGUACCAAAACAUCCAUCCAAGGCUACAUUGGGGAGAAGGUAAUCGGGUUUAAAUCAGUUUUCAACGUUGCUCAUAAAGUUCAUAUCCAGUCUGGCCCCUACUCAUUUGCACUCGAGUAUCGCAAAGGGGAUUCUAUAGAUCGUGGACUUGGUAUGGUUACACCGCUGAGUGAGAGACUAUAUGAGCUUCCCGGUGAUGUUCGAACAAGGACGAUUUUGUACCUUCAUGAGGAUGAAGAUCGAGAGGCACUGUGCCAAGACUUGAUCAAAUUGCCAGACACGUUGUUACUCUUUCUCAAAAAUCUACAGCAAUUGACUGUGAGAUUUGAACUUCCUGAUCAGGUCAUUCAAAAGAUGCAAUAUUCACUAACACGCUCAGACAAAAGUCACUUCAACAAUAAACUUCAAAUAAAGGCUGCAAUCACAGGUACAGAUAGCAUAGACACAUCUAAGAGCUUCUGGGUCAAGAAGCACCGCGCUUUCAAUCUACCUCUCGAUCCCGCUCGUCAACAUAUUUAUGAAGCUGAAGUCGUACACGCCUUUCCUAUAGACGAAUAUGCUGUCCCAGUUAUUGAAAAUCAAGAUGAUUACGCUUUUCUUUCGUUGAGAAAGGUUGGAUACAAGGUUAUUCAAGCCCACCAACUCCUACUGGUCUAUGUUGAAGCUAACUUGGAUUGUCAGUUUCUUAUCCAAUCCGACUUCGUUACCAAGACCAGUCGCGAGGAUGUUGUAGUUUCUGUGUGGAACAAAAGGCUUCUUGAGGAAGUAGUCGUAGCGUUUCGUAACGCAAUCAGUGGGCCUAAUGGAUUCCUUGAGCACGAUACACUCCGAUACAGCUGGAUCAGAUAUAUACCCAGAGAUAUUAUUGCAGAUGAAUUUUGGGGCCUCUUACAAGCUCGCUUAUACAAUGAACUUUGCAUUAGUAAAGUUUUCUACUCCAUGGAUGGAUCUUGCUGGAAACCCAAUCAGUUGCGAAUCUUACUGGACUUCUUUCGAGAUGAGUAUAGCAAUCCGCUUCUUGCAGAUCUCGCCGUAGGAGAAACCGCAUACGUCUCAGAAUCUUACAAUGUUGCUAUUGAUAUUCCAAUCUUGCAGUAG